UGAAAAGCUAACUGAGGUGAGCAGAAGCUAGAAACAAUUGUAGCUGAAGGGGACAGACCGGGUAAUUUGAUCAAAAAUCAGAAGUGAUUCAUUCUACAUAAAAUCUACAGGAAAUGGACCUCACUCCUGUCCUAACGAAAGUUCUGCUCUUCUUCCUCUUUAUUUUUCCUCAGGUAUCAGCAGUCACACACACACUUCAGUACCUCUACACUGGAGUCACAGGAAUAAAUUUCCCAGAGUUCACUGUUGUUGGUCUGGUGGAUGGACAGCACUUCCUGUACUAUGAUAGCAACACCAGGAAGGCGAUGAUGAAGACAGAGUGGAUAAAGAAGACCGCCGCUGCUCUGUCAGAUUACUGGAGUCAUGCCACACAGGAUUACCAGUAUGACCAGGACUGGUUUAAAGACUAUAUGGCUACAGCAGUGCAGAGCUUUAAUCAGACUAAAGGAGUCCACACAGUGCAGUACAUGUACGGCUGCGAGCUCGAUGAUGACAACACCACUAGAAGAUACGCAAAGUAUGGUUAUAAUGGAGAAGAUUUUGUCAGUCUGGAUCUGGAAUCUGUCUCCUGGUCUGCAGUUAAACCUCAAGGUGUGAUUACUGUGGACAAGUGUGAUGCUACAGAAGCUCAGGCUCAAGUCUGCACCAACUUCCUGGAGGACGUCUGUAUUGAACGAUUGAAGGUGUUGGUGUCUUACGGCAGAGCGACUCUGGAGAGGAAAGAUCCUCCUACAGCAUCAGUGAUCCAGAAACACUCACCUUCUCCAGAGGUGGUAUGUCACGCUACAGGUUUCUUCCCCAAAGCAGUGACGAUCUCCUGGAGGAAGGACGGAGAGGACGUGAACGAGGACGUGGAGCUCAGAGAAACGUUACCCAACCAGGAUGGAAGCUUCCAGAAGAUAAGCAUUCUGAAAGUCCCAGCUGAGGAGCUAGAGAAACACACCUACACCUGUGUGAUUCAGCACAGCAGCUUGAAGGAGGAGUUAGUGCUAAAAGUACCAAAAGGUGGAGGACUGAUGGCGAUCAUUAUUGCUGUAGUCGUGGCUCUCGUUCUUGUUGCCAUUGCUGGAAUUAUGGUCUGGAAGAAGAAGAACCCUGGCUUCAAACCCGUUUCACAAAACUCCACAUCCUCCUCCAAAGGAGAUUCUUCCUUGUUUGAUUCAUGUUUGAUUCAUGCUUAUUUCAAAAUAAUAAUCUGUUUAUCACAUUAUCAUGAACACCAAAAACUUGGGCUCUCUCAACCAAGUUAUAUGUAAGCGCCAUCUUGGAGAUCUACAUAAAAAAUUCUAAAGUUUAAUGUAAAGGAAACUGCAUCAUGAUCUGAGAUUAAUAUGCUAUCAUACCAGCAGUUCCUAACUUUGGAAAUGAGAUGUGUGGAUUGCAUGUGUGGAUUGCAUGGGUUCCCAACAUCUGGUGUUACCAACAUCUGGUGAAAAUUUCAUGUCAAUAGCAUCUUAAGAAAUAUAUUUACUGAGGGAAAUGGCAUCACGUGCAAUAGACACAGGCGCCCUGUGACCCGAGGAUAGAUCAGAUACAGUACAGUACUAUACAGUACAGUACAGCAGUACAGGACAGUACUAUACAGUACAGUACAGCAGUACAGGACAGUACUAUGGCACUGUCUUUUCAGAGCUACAUGAGAAAAUUGUAAACGUGUUCAUACAGUGUAUGGUUCAAGCAUUAUUUCUGUGAUUAUAGUAAAGUGUUCCCUGUGUACAUUUGGGCUUUUGUUUUGAAUAGAUUAAUCAUACCGGUCAAUUUUGACCGGGAACACAAAAGUUGUUAUUUUGUGCCAGAGUUUAGAAAGUAUAACUGGUUUCAAAAAAGUGACUUAAACCUUUGAGUGAAGUACUCUGUGAUAAAUAGAACAAUAGAUUUCAUCUUAGUAUUUGUUAUAGUUUUUUCCCUAAAAAACAAGUGGCAUAAGCCCAGGUAAAUGAGGCCUGCAGGACAUACACAGCAAUUAUAAGUUCAAAACUUGUAAUAUUUUCCAAAUCAAAUUCAGAUUUUAUUCGUCACAUACAUAAUCGUACACAGUAUGAUAUGCAGUGAAAUGCUUACAAGACCCUUGAAAAGGAAAAAGGAAUAAGGACAGAAAAAAGAAAAGGACAAAAUAUAAAAUACAAAAUCUAAAAUAUCACAAAAUAUUA